AUGUAUGUUUUUGGCGCAGUAAGCAAUGGAGAUAUGUAUGGAUGCAGAAAUUUCGGUAGACGGGAUUGGAGUGUCUGCAAGCGAGAUUGCAGAUGGGAGUGGGAGGAAGAGAAGGAGGUUGCGGAUAUGGGGGUUUGA